ACCCCGCAGAACUCCCAAGGACUGAUCGCAGGUCGCCAAGGUUUUUCUACUGCCUCCCGGCAGCUGCUCAGUGUACGCAGCCAUGGUGACGUCGCCGGUGGUGAACACCUAUCCACUUUCCAGCUACACCUUCGGUACUAAAGAGCCGAAGCUCGAGAAGGACACCUCCGUCGCCGAUCGUCUUGCUCGCAUGAAAGUCAACUAUAUGAAGGAGGGCAUGAGGACGAGUGUUGAAGCAAUUCUUCUGGUGCAAGAACAUAAGCAUCCCCAUAUUCUACUUCUGCAAAUUGGAAAUACCUUUUGCAAGCUCCCUGGUGGCCGGUUGAAGCCAGGAGAAAAUGAAAUUGAAGGUUUAAAGAGGAAACUGACGAGCAAACUGGGUGCAAAUUCACCAGCCCUCCAGCCUGAUUGGCAGAUUGGGGAAUGUGUGGCUAUUUGGUGGAGACCAAACUUUGAAACUGUUAUGUAUCCUUAUUGCCCCCCUCAUAUAACGAAACCAAAGGAAUGCAAAAAGCUUUUCAUUGUUCACUUGUCUGAGAGAGAGUACUUCGCAGUUCCUAAAAAUUUGAAGCUGCUUGCAGUUCCUUUGUUUGAACUCUAUGACAAUGUUCAGAGAUACGGACCUGUUAUAUCGACGAUCCCGCAGCAGCUUUCCAGGUUUCAGUUCAACAUGAUCACCACAUGAGCUUGCAAGACAAGAACUUAAAAUUUGUGGCAUGAACAGACUCCAAAUUUGCAGCUGUGAGAUAUUCCUGUUAGCUUAGUUAGAACUUAAGGGGACAUCAUGAAACCUUUCUUGAGUUAGGAUAGCAUACUUAUUAUAGACUUUUUGUUCUCGACGUUUUCGUCGAAGUGUUUAUGAGCCAGAACCCGAAAAAAUUUAUAUUACUUCUAACAAUAGCAGAAAAAUGAAAACCGACUGACGGUUUGUGUAACGAUUUAACUUGAUGAAAAUCUUAGAUGGGUGUAAUGUAUGUUGAAUCAAUUGUAACAGUGGUUAAAUUGUGGAAACAAAGAA